CCGAUCGAGAGGUAACCAUGCAACUCGCGUCGCCGCCCGAAUCGUCGUCCGCGUGGCCUUCGGAGCUGAGCAGCUCCGACUGCGGGUGCGAGUUCGAGUUCUCGGAGGAACCGCGGCUGGAAGCGCGGGACGGCGGUGGCUCGACCGUGGCCGGCGACGGCCGCCGAGCCCUAUCGAGCCGCGGUGGCGACAUCGGCUCCGUCACCUCGACAGUCGAAGUCUCCGAAAUUUCGGUGGCGUCCCGGCAGGACGUGACUCGAGCUCAGCGCUUCGUGGCAGUCUACGUUGCGCCUCUGUGGGGCCGCAGGAUGGCCGCUCUCAGGAGGAAGUGCUCGCCGCUGUGGCUGUACACGGGCGCCGCGUGCGCCGCCAUCGUGAUGGCCGCGUCGUUCCUGCUCGCGCCUUCGGCUAACGACCACGGGGUGGCGCCGCGGUCGGCGGCCCCGCUGCUUCGGCUGGACGGCGGCGUCCGCUCGAGGCUCGGGGACGACGAGCACCCAGCACAGGGGAGCGGCGGGCGCCCGGGGCACGAAGCAGGGGCGGUCGCCAGCGCCGACAGCAGCGAAGUGCAGCCGCUGGACGGCGGGGAAGACUCCUACUGCCAGACGAAGCUCGUGCAGGAGCUCGAGGAGUCGUGGAACGCGAGCGAGCUCGAGUUCCUCGCUCCGCGGCUGGUCCGCAACGGUUCCCGCGCCGUGCUCUGCUUCUACGACCGCCAUGCGCACCGGCUGCCGCCGCCUUACUCGUACUUCCCGCGACAGAUGGCGCUGCGGUACUGCACGCACGCCGUGUACCACGCCCCGUUCGCGCUGCACGACGGGCGGCUGGCGUAUCGGAACCCGGGAUUCGACAGGCAGUUCGGCAUGCCCGAACUGGUUCGCGUGGCCCACCGUCGCGGAUUCGGCACGCAGGUCCUCUUCACGGUGGGCGGCGAGGAGACGGACAACGCCAACUGGUCACGGCUGGCCUCCGACGAAGUCCGGAGGGAGGCACUCGCCAAGGACCUCAAGGAGACGCUGGUGUCGCUGGGCUACGACGGCGUCAACCUGCACUGGGCGACACCUGGCGGUAGGUGCGGCCGCGCCAGCGACGCUCGCGCCCUCACCGACUUGGUGCGGCUCCUGAGGACGCGACUGCAUCGGCCGCUGGCGCCGCGCGAUUUCCUGCUCGCCGUGACGCUGCCGCCGCAGGAGCACUUCGUCGAGGUCGCGUCGCAGCUCGCGCCGCUUGCCAAGCUCGCCGACUUUCUCGUCGUCCAGGCGCACUCGUUGUACGGUCCCUCGAGCCCGUGGCCCCGGUGCGCGAGCCCCUACGAGGCGGUCCAGGGUCCCAGCGUGCGAUCCCUGCUGGACUCGCUCGCGGCGCGCCUAUUCCACGGCCACUGGGGCAAGCUGUGCAUCACGCACUCGCUGGCCGCCGUCACGUACCGCCUGGCCGACUACGGCUCGGAGGCCGUCGUAGGCAGGGUCGGUGAGCCCAGCGAAGGGGACGGCGCCAGCGUGGGGCCCGGCGAGCCGCAGUCCGUCACCGGCACGCCCGGCAAGGCCGCCUACUUCGAGGUGUGUGGCUGGACGAGGCAGCGGUCGCGGAGCCGCGAGUGCAGCAUGCUUCGCAGCGGCUCCACGGUGGCCGCCCUCGAGGGACCCGAGGCGCUGCGACACAAGCUGGCGCGCAUGUCGCUCGACGGCCACGGCCGGCUGUGCGUGGCCGCGCUGGACACGCACCUGGACGACCCGCUGGGCGCCUGCGGCGGCGCCAUGAGCCCGCUGCUGAAGCGCCUCUACGAGGACCCGCUCGAGGCGUAGCGAUCCCCCGCUGGGACUUCAGAGGCGGCGGCCUCACCGUCAAACCAGCUCUGCGUUCCGUGCUCUAUACUGCGGCCUUACUAAUGUCUCUCCGCUUUCUGCUUUCCUAUUUUCGUUCGCAUUUCGAUAGCUUUUACUGAACAAUUUGUGUUUCGUAUUGUGUCUAAAACGUUCUGUUUUGUUGUUGUUGCAAAUGGUGGCGUUCCUUUAUUAUCUUUGUUGCGGGCUGACAGAUAAGCGAAUGCUUUUUAAAUAAAUAUGGACACUCCAGG